AUGCGUAGUAGGGGACUAUCAGGGAGUGGCGAUCCGAGACGCUGGCGCUGUGUGGAAGCACUUUCGACAGCUGGGGACAACAAGGCUUUUUAUGGACUUAUCAAAAAUAAGGAGUAUCACUUAACAAUUUUGACGCAGAUUCUCCAAUGCGGCGUGGGCUUCUAUAUUACCACAUUGCUCCUCGUUGAAGCAGCAAUCUUAUUGCAAUGGAUUCGACUAUUCGCACCAGAAGGGACUCGCAGAGCCUUCUAUGUAUGUAAAUUUCGAAGCCGAGAUUUUUUGAGACAACUCGCUAAUCCUUCCAUUGUUGAGCGUCUGGUGGGCUUGCCAAAACGUACUAUGGACCAACCUCUUAUCCUUUCUUUCAGUCCCGUUGCAGGAAACUUGAUCUGUAUACCCUUCAAGAGGAUAUGGGAUAAGACGGUGCCGGGGGAUUUCUAUAACGGAAGACCUCUGAAUAUGACAAUAGGCGCUUUUAACCUCCUUUCCGAUAUUUUCAUCCUCAUACUUCCGCAGGGGGUUAUAUGGAGGAUGACCCUGUCACGAAAGGAAAAGAUCGGUGUAGCAGCUCGGGCCUCCGCUGCGUUUCGUCUGGGCAUAGCAGUUGUUUAUAUGAUUGAUCCAGACCGGCUAUACAGGGCCAGCAGUUUAUCCAUGACGUAUAUCGCAAAGAUGACUUGCAUUCUUCUCGUCUACUGCAUGCCUGGAAUCCCCCAAAGCGUUCAGCGACUCGGCCAUCUUGUUAAAGGUCGUGGCCUCAUUCCGAUCAUCCACCAACUCGGAGACGUGUAA